CUUCUAUGCUAAUUUUUUAGAGCAGAUUAAAAAAAAAUGUCUAGAAAAUCUCUCCAAACACCACAAGACAGGCGUUCCAUGCUGGGCUUUGGAAGUGCUGCUGCCAAACUGAGACAGCAGCAAAGAAGGCCACCAGAGCAAAAACGACUUACAUUCAGUGCAAACAAAUCCCGAAUUCAAAUGUCUGGAAAAAGAUGGUCCAGUCAAGGCUCACACCAAGUGAAGGACUCGCGGCCAUUGAGCAAUAGAGUGUAUCAGAAGCAGAUGAUUGAAGAAAUCUUGGAGUUCUUAAACGAAUCUGGUUAUCCUUACUCAAUUUCACCAAAAGUCCUGUCAGCUCCAACUACCAAAGAAUUUUUAAGAGUUUUUGAGCACUUAUAUGGUUUCCUAAAUACGACAUUUAAAAUGGAAAAGAAAUUUGAAGAAGAAGUUCCACGGAUCUUAAAGUCACUUAGUUAUCCUUUUACAAUAUCAAAAAGCGCCAUGUUUGCUAUUGGAAGUUUACAUACAUGGCCGACUCUACUUGGUGCACUGCAUUGGAUGGUGGAGUUAAUAAAGACUGUGAACACCAUUGAUGUUGAACAAAUAUUGUUCCCACCCUCAUUUGAAGAUGAACCCAUCUGUACACAGCAAGAAAAAAUAUUUUUUGACUACUACAAUGGAACUUACAAAGAGUUCAUGUUGGGAAAGGAUGACUUUUCUGAAGGAAGGGAACAACUCCAAGCGUCUAUAAUUAAGCAAGCUGGCUGUUCAGAAGAAGAUCAUGAAUGCUUAGUUAAUGAUGUGGCUUCACUCGAAGCUGAACUUGCAGAACUAGAAGCAGAGGGUGAUCCCUUAGAAGAAGCCAUCAGGAUAAGAACUUCUCUUGAAGAAAAAAUAGAACAAGAUAUUAUGAAAAUUCAAAAUCUUCAACAAGAUACUGAAGUUUUAAAGCAACAAUAUGUACAAUAUCAAGUUCAAAUCAAAGAAGAAGGUGUCGACUAUGCUAAGCUUGGUGAUCCGUCACAUCAGGAAGAGAUUAAACAUAAGAGUUCAGAAGUGAAAGUUCAGUUAGAGAGACUGAAUGCGGAGAAAGAACGUUUGGAACAACAAAAUUAUGAAAAAGAGAUUAGAUACUCGAAACUGUACGACAAGGCUUGCACUACCAUAAAUCAAUAUAACGACAUGGUGCGUGAACUAGCCUUAAAUCCAAUUAUCACCCAAUACGUAAGCGAGGAUUCUAUAGCACUUUACAUUGAUCAUAACUUAAAAGAUAUGUCCGGCCUAAUUGACUGCAAGCAAAGACUAAAGCCAUCACUCAUCAAGUUAGCAAAUCAAAUUGCAGAUAAUCGCGGUCGUCUAGAAGCUCAGAAGAUCACAGAGAUGGAGAGAUAUGACCACACGAAAGAACUUUGCACAGAAGACGAAUCUGAGAUAGCAGAAUUAAAAUCGCGUUUGAAUAACAUCGAAAAAGAUGUCGAUACACACAUGGAGUUAUUUGAACAAGAGUAUCAAUCUUCAAUGCUCAAACUUCGUGAACAGAAGGAGUUUCUGGACAAUCAGCAGAAAGAGAUAAGUAAAGCGUUACAAGAAGAAGCCAAUGAAUUAGAAGUGAAGAGAAAAGAGACUGAAAUACGACAAUCAAAACAGAUAAAAGAACAAGAGGAAUAUGCAAAUGCUUUGAUUGACUAUUGUAAAAGAAUCGUGGAACACAAACAAUAUAUUGAGAAUCGUGUCAAAAGUAUCGCAAAGAUUUUAGCAGACGAAGUGGAUGCUGCAAAGAAACAACAAGAAAUGAUUCGAAAGAACGAGGAAUAAAAUUGUGUUGCAAAUCGUUUGUAAAUAGACAAAUAUAUGCAAGUUUUUAUUAUUUUCGUACCGUGACACCAUGUUGACUGGCAAUUUUAAUUCGCUGUAAAAGAAUGCACAUUCUGUUGGUGUUUUACUAUUGCGGUUUUACUAGAAAUCACACAUCGUUUUGCAGACAUGUCAAAUCAACGGUGGUGUUCAAAGAGAAUAAACUUUUUGUUAGUUAUGAUAUCGUUGUUAGCAUAAUCAAAAUAAGCUUUUGCAACUAACACCAAGUAAACCAUCUUGUGUACCAAUGAUGACAUACAAAAAGCAUUUGACCUACACCACUAAUGUUUUGGGAUUGUUUCUUUCUUAUUUGGAUAUCUUAAAGAGUGUAGAAGAGCACUCGCUUGUUCUGUAAAUUCUUGAAUCAGUUUCUUUUAGUUAUAUACUGUUUGCUAAAAGUUAUUUCUGAAA